AUUGAAAUCAACUUCUAUAAUGAUAAAAUUAGUUCAAAUGUAUAAUUACAGACAAUUAUUCAGGACUACAUGACCAAAAUAUGAUGUAAACGCGCAGUGCACAGAGACUCUCGUCUGCAGUUGGAAAAGGAAUUUACAUUAUUUGAUAAGUUUAACAUCCACCAUAUCUAACGAUGGUGCCUAGAGGAAUGGCAGUGUUUUUGGCAGUGGUUUUGGUUGUCGUAAGGACGAUGGUCUGUUCGGAACAGAUUGCGUGUACAGCGGAUUAUAGCCCUGUGUGUGGACGAAACGACAGGACGUAUGACAAUGAGUGUCUGGCUCGCUCGGCGGGCGUGGGAGUGGCACACAAAGGGAAGUGCAAAUGCGCAUGUCCAGAAAACAUGCAUCCAGUCUGUGGUUCCAAUGGUGUCACAUAUGACAACGCAUGUUUAGCUAAAUGCGAUUUGGUCGGCUUUAGGCCCGGAUCGUGCGUUUGUAAACAUGUAGCACACAAUUGUUCGUUCACACAAGUGUAUACAGAUAUGAAGACCGGACUGAUAAUCGUUGGAGCUGUGUUGGCCGCCGUCGCACUGUGUGACGCUAGGAGCCCCCCAAGACCUCAAGUCUGCACUACUGACUGGAAGCCCGUAUGUGGAGUCGACAACAAAACCUACGGCAACGUGUGUAUGGCUAAAGCUAAAGGGGUUCCGAUCGCUAAACCAGGAGAGUGCAAAAAAUGCCCUUGUCCAAAGAUUAUGAAACCUGUAUGCGGAGUGAACAAAGUGACCUACGAUAACAAAUGCCUCGCCGAAUGCGCAGGGGUAAUGUUCUUCCCAGGACCAUGUACAAUGGACUGUUACCAAGCCCUGUGUUUGCUGUUGGCUGUGACCCUCACAGUGGCAGCAAUGGAUGGUCCUUGUUCGUCAGAAGACCGACCGGUUUGUGGGCAGGACGAUCAAACCUACAAAAACAAAUGUGAAGCAGAAAUGGCAGGGGUGGAUAUCAAACACGAGGGGAAGUGCGUCCGCCUCUGUAAAUGUCCCAAGAUCCUGAGGCCCGUGUGUGGAGAGAACGGUGUCACAUACGCAAACAAAUGUCUGGCGGAGUGCAGGGGAGUAUUGAAUUAUACACAGGGACCCUGCUCUCAACAAUAGAAAAAAUCCUUCGCUUGUAAAAUCAUUUGAAUUAAAGACAUUCGAAACA